AUUUUGCUCUGCGCUCUGGUGCUGGGAACCGUGCGGCUCCACCCUUGGUGCCAGAAACCUGUACAGCGCAGGGGUUCUGGGACACUGGCUGCAGCAGCAGCCUCCAGAAAGAGCCAGAGGCUGCAGUUGUCCAGGCUGGGAAGGAGAGCUCAUUAAAUGCAGCAGAAGAAACCCAGGCAACAUCCAUUUUGCAGCUGUUAAUUGCUCAGGUGACUGCUGCAAGAGGAGCAACGGCCCCACAGAUGGCUCAUAAAUUGGAAACACCAAGCAACCCCGCUGCCCCACUAAUCCCCAAGGCCAGGGAGGGGCGAGCACAGCGUGCCACAUACGUCCUCCUGGCCCUGUGCGCCGCGGUGCUGUACCUCGCCGGGGAGCCCCUGGUGCACACUGCCCGCGCCCUCACCUCCCACUUUGCGGCCCUCCAGAUCGGGGCACUGCUCAAGGGCACCUGCUACCUUGCAGAGGAGAUCUUCCACCUUGAGGCCAGGCAUCACGGCAGCUUCUGGAGGGCCCUGAACGCCUGCCUCCCCGUGCACUGGCACAUGACCCUGCUGCUUGUCUGCGGCUCAGCCUAUGUGGCUCUUCUCGAUGGAGACAGGCAGCUGCUCGGCCUCCACCUCAGCCUCGCCUGCCUCUGCCAGCUCCUGAUCCUCGCCCUCGGUCUCCACAAGCCCUCAGCUGUGGAAAUAUCCGAGAUGUCUGAGCGGUCCAAGCAGAACGUCGCUCAUGGGCUCGCCUGGUCUUAUUAUGUUGGGUACCUAAAAAUAGUUCUGCCACGCCUGAAAGAGUCAAUGGAGAAAUUCAGCAGAGCCAACCCCAAUGUGCUGGCACGCAGGAAGAGCUGGAAGCUCCACAUCUUGAUCCCUCUGAGCUGUGACAUCUGUGACGACCUGGAGAAAGCUGACAGCAAUAUCCAGUACCUGAUGGACCUCCCCGAAACAACCCUGACCCGAGCUGGCACGAAAGGAAGAGUCUACAAACACAGCCUCUACGCAAUCAGGGAUGAAGACAACAAGCUCAGGCACUGUGUAGUAGAGUACGCCGCCCCGCUGCAGUCUCUCUACGCCAUGUCCCAGGACGACUGUGCCGCCUUCAGCCGGGAGGACCGUGUGGAGCAGGCCAAGCUGUUCUACAGGACGUUGGAGGAGAUCCUACAAAGUGCCAAGGAGUGUGCGGGCACCUACCGGCUCAUUGCAUAUGAGGAGUCAGGGGAAGCUGAGGCCCACUUUUUGUCCAGAGAGCUUCUCCGGCACCUCCAGCAGCAGUGUCAGGAGGAGUACACUGUGUGCGAGGGGACCCUCUGCUCGACAGACCUCAGCCUCCAGAUAAGCAAGUCAGACCUGCCACAGCCUCUGCGAAGCGACUGCCUCUGAAGCACCAGUGCUAUGUAGCCCCACACCACAGCCUCAGGGCUUUGGUCCUCUUUUUCCAAGCCUUGUUCUUUCACAGCAAAUCACUCGCAUGGCAGCGUUCCCCAACCUCUUGCAGGAACUAUAACUACCAUAACCACCCAGGGAUCGUGUUUGCUGGAAACAGCUGACUCAAACCACAGUCCUGUGACCUGCUUCCCAUUUUAUUUGUCCUUUAUGUUAUGUAUUUCUCAUAUAUAUAAAUUCAUCUGGGCCUUUUUAAUCUGC